UAAAUACCCCUUUAUUAACCAUAGGCUGUUAAACAAACAAAAUCUUUGGUGAUGACGUCCGUAACGUGACAAUUCUUAGUGAUUUUUAGCAACAGUGCAUUAAGCUACUUUUCACCGAUCACCCUUCUGGUCACAUUUGUUCUUUAGAAAAACAUGUGAAAAAAUGAAGCUUCUCGCUAUAUUUACUUUUCACUGGUGUUUACUCGACUCUGAUGUUUUUGGUGUUUGUAUGGAUGGAGAGUCUGUGUCAGUGGCGGAGGGACAAUCUGUCACUCUAGACACCAAUGUUAAAGUAAACCAACAGCAAAAUAUUACAUGGAGUUUCAGCGAUGAAGUCAUUGCUGAAAUCACAGGAGACCUCAGUUUUAACUGUGCAGGUGUUCAGUGUGAAGGUGGUGAUGGUAAAUUCAGAAACAGACUGAAGCUGGACAGUCAGACCGGAUCUUUGACGAUCAAAGACAUCAGAAUUACAGAUACAGGAGUUUAUAAACUGCAGAUCAACAACGAGAGCAGACAAAGUGAAAAAAUCUUCAUUGUUACUGUAAUUGGUUUUUUCCAUGUUGGUUCAUAUGGAGAACCUGUGUUUGUAGUGAAGGGAGAUUCAGUAACUCUACAGUCUGGUGUUGAAACAAACCAACAAGAAAAGAUUAGGUGGUAUUUUAACAACAUCCGCAUCGCUCAAAUCACUGGAGAUUUCACUAAAAUCUGCACAGGUGUUGAGUGUAAUGAAGGCAAUGAGAGAUUCAGAAACCGACUGCAGCUGGAUCACCAGACUGGAUCUCUGGCCAUCAUGAACAUCACAAACACGGACUCUGGAGUUUUACGUCUUCGGGUCUUCAGCAACGACAGCAUUGGAGAAAAGAUCUUCAUUGUUGCUGUAUUUGGUAAGUCAUAUGUUUAAACUGUACAAACUCAUUUAGGAUAUUUUUGUGUGACAUU